AUGACCUCAUCACCCACCGCCCCCACCCCCUGCCCGCCGCACGCCUCCACAACUCACGUCCACCGCCACCCCGGCCCCACCGGCCCCGCGCCCGGCCGGGCCCAAAUCCACGCCCCGUUCCGCACGGCCCGGCCCGCGCAGCGCCCGCGGACGCGCGAGGGCAGCGGGAGAGCGCGGAGCAUUUUCAUUCCCGGCAUGCGGCGCGGCGCCGCCUCAUUUGCAUGGACCCGCCCUGCGAGAACAGGCUCGUGGCCCACCCCACACCCGUCGAGUCCUUGUGACGUCAUCACUCCGCCGUCCCCGGUUCCGGUUCGGUGCUGUGGCGCGGCCCGCACCGGGCGGCGGCGCUCGGACCCUGAUGGCGUCAGGCGGGAGCGGGCGGCCAAAGUGGCUCUGCUGUACCUGCAGGAGCUGGCGGAGGAGCUGAUGCCCGCGUGCCAGCCCCCCGCUCCAGCCAAGGGGGUGCCAGAGCCCGAGCACGGCCGGAGGAAGCGCCGGGGCCGCAGGAGGAAGGGGGAGGACGCAGACAGCGAUGACCCUGCACAAGAUGCUGACUUCGUGCCCUCGCAGGAGGUGCUGCAGGCAGAGGAGGAGGAGGAGGAGGGCAGCGACACGCUGUUCAGUGAGGCGUCGGAGCCGGAGCUGGAGGCACCUCGAGGGCACGGCGGGAGGAUGGCAGCCACAGGGAGAUCCAAGCCCCAGUGCCGAGGCCUCGCCCCCAAUGGCUUCCACAACUCCAUCAUGGCCCCAGUGGAGAAGAGCUCCAGCCUUACCUGCAGCCUGCGGGAGCAGAAGCACUCGCAGUGGGAGUUCCCUGACUGGAUCCCAGUGGCACACAGGUGGACGUGUCUCUCUGACAGCGAGGCUGCCCCGUACCUGCCGGCAGAGGAGAAGUCUCCCCUGUUCUCCAUUCAGCGUGAGGGCAUCAAGGACGAUGGUGCCUUGUACAGGUUAAACAGGUUCAGCUCUCUGCAGCCCCACCCAGAGCGCCUGGAUGUCUCCUUCUUCGUGGGCGGCCCGGUGUGGGCGCUGGAGUGGUGCCCGACCCCGGAGGGCUCUGCAGCCCCGCAGUACGUGGCCGUGUCCUGCCACAGGAGCAUGGAGGAGACACACAGCGUGUCUGGGCUUCACUCAGGCCCUGCACUCCUGCAGAUCUGGGACCUGGGCGUGCUGCACACAGAGCAGGGCUCUCCCAACAAAGCCAGGCUGGCCUAUGCCAUCGCUGCUGACUACGGCUGCGUGUGGGACAUGAAGUUCUGCCCCAGCGGUGCCUGGGAGCCACCCAGUGCAGCCCGGACGCACCCGCAGAUGAGCCGGCUGGGUCUGCUGGCUGCUGCCUUCUCGGAUGGCAGGGUGGUGGUGUACGCCUUGCCGCACCCUGGGGCCCUGCACCACGCCAAGACAACCCAGGUAAAAGAUGGGUCCCUCCACAAGCACCUGAUCUGCAAGGUGCAGUGCAUCGCCACACUUCAGGUGGGCUCCGUCCAGGCAGGUAAUGCAUCCGAGUGUGGACAGUGCUUCAGUCUCUCCUGGAUGCCUUCCAAGCCCCACCAUCACCUGGCAGCAGGGUUUUAUGACGGCACCGUGGCGGUGUGGAACCUGCUCACCAAAUCCCUGCUGCAGUGCGUGCCCCAGCCUGACGCCUCCCUCAAGCUCUACCCCUUCCGGUGCUUUCUAGCCCAUGACCAUGCAGUCAGGAGCAUUGAGUGGUGCAAGGCUGACAGCAACUUCCUGGUCACGGUCGGCAGCGAUCGCAAGAUCAAGUUCUGGGACCUGCGGCGGCUCUACGAGCCCAUCAACAGCAUCAAGCGCUUCCUGAGCACCGAGGUGGCCUGGCUGCUGCCCUACAACGGCAUCACUGUGGCCCAGGACAACUGCUAUGCCCCGUACGGGCUCUGCGGGAUCCACUACAUCGACGCCGGCUACCUGGGCUUCAAGGCCUAUUUUGUGGCCCCUCGCAAGGGCACCGUGUGGAGCAUCUCUGGCUCGGACUGGCUGAACACAGUAGCCGCGGGUGACAUCACCGGCGAGCUGGUGGCAGCGGUGCUGCCCGACCUGGCUGUCAACCCCCUCAACGUCAAGCGCUCCUCGGACCGCAGAUUUCCAGUGUACAAAGCUGACCUGCUGCCACGCAGCCCUGACGGGCCUGAGCGCUCCGAGCAGGCACUGCCGAGGACCCACUGCUACAGCGAGAUGGUGGCCAGGAGCUACAUCCGAUUCCAGGACACAGACCUGCGCAGCUUCCAGAACUUCCCCAGCCGGGAGCCCAUGCGCCGGAUGCACACGCAGGAGCUGAAGGCAGAGCUGAGCCUCGACCGCUUGCAGAUGGAGGCCCUGCACAAGGUGCGCUUCAGCCCCAACCUGGACUCGCAGGGGUGGCUGGUGUCGGGCGGGCAGGCGGGCAUUGUGCGGGCACACUGCCUGGCAGGGCUGGCCUCAGGCGUGGGCCACCAGCUGCUCCCCGAGUGCCAGGCCCGCUUCAGCAUCCUCUAUGGGGACACACCCAGCAGCCCUGGCCCCCCUGAGCACUCCCUGCUGCCAGCAGAGUAGGAGUGUCAGUCCCUCAGGCUGCUGCCAUGUGCUCGCCCUGGGCAGUGCUUGGGGCUGGGGCCAGCUACGCUGGCAUGGGGCUGUGAGCCCUCUCAGUGCUGCUUUCCCGAUGGGUGUCUGCUGCUGGAGGGGCAGCUGCUCCCAGCCAUUCCCUGGGAUGGUCUGGACACUAGUCCUCAUCCUCUGGGCCUGGAAGGGUCCGUCUGCGCUGUUUGGUCUGAGCUGGGCAGGGGUGGUGGGAGCUGUGCUUGUCCCAGGGCUGAGCUGUGGGUCUGACCCUGUGGAAGUGCCCAUGGGCUCCACCAGCAUGGAGCUGUGCUUGUGCUCGCCUCCUUCCCCAGUGUGCGCCCAAGGGCGGCCGGGGGGCCGGGAGCUGUGGAGUCGCUCACAUUGAGCUUGUGUUCAGCUGUGCAGAAUAAAUGUGGUCGGUUUUGUAUGGCUGUGGUGGUACCAGCACCGGGGCAGACAUGGCUGGUAGCUGUGACUGUAGGGGCCCACCCCCAACCACCAUUUCCCUCCCCAUGCCCCUCUGUCUGCUGCACUGCUGCUGCUGCUCCGACACAUUUAUUGGCAGCGCUGGCACCGCUGCUGGCACAGAUGGACAGAUGGACACCAGGGGCGCAGGCACGACUCAACAGAGGGAAUGGAUCAGGCCCAGACACAGCAGGAUUCAGAUGGAGCCCAGGCAGCAGCAUGGGGGGCUGGGGUCCAUGCCAGGUCUGAGGUCACCUAUGGGGGCUGUCCCUUCCUGCCAAGACAGACAGGCUCCCCGGGUGGUGGGGUAGGAUUCCACCUCCUCAGGAGCUGUGGCACAGCAGGGAGUGGAAGAUCCCAGGGAGCCCCU